AUGAAAAUACGGUUCGAGGUGCCUAACAAAUUGGAGAUAACUUUUGGAAGAGAAGCGGAGUGCGAUGGCUGCGGCGAUGGAGACGAGGGUCGCAAUGUCAGCGAGCUGCUGCUACCGCAGUACGCGCUGGCGACGGGAGGACUGGCCAGGGACCAUCGCCCCCUCAUCACCUUUCCCGACAACAACAACUUCCACAUCAUCACACCCUCAGAGUACCGACGGCUGCUGCUUUACCUCACCUCUGUGCCCUCGUUAUUGGAGGCAGACAUGGGCUUCCACAUUAUAAUAGACAGAAGGAAAGAUCGAUGGAAUUCUGUCAAAACAGUAUUAUUAAGGAUCUCAGAAUUCUUCCCAGGAAUAAUUCACGCAGUUUAUGUACUUCGACCAGCUAGCUUCCUACAGAAGGCAUUGUCAGAAGUCAGUAGUAAAUUAUUUAAGGAGGAGUUCCGAUUCAGGGUGCUAGUCUGUUCUUCGGUUGAGGAGCUGUAUGAGCACUUUGAUAGGUCACAAUUGACGGCAGAUCUCGGUGGAGACCUACAAUAUUCACAUGCUGAAUGGAUACAACAGCGAAUAGCACUAGAGAAGUUUUCUACAUUAAUGAAGGAAAUCUCAAGUAAACUGGACGAGUUCAUGCAUGAAAUUGUGGACUGCGAUAUGGGGAACGACCCGACACAAACCAAAGAUUUAUUAGACUGUCAGGAAAAUAGGUAUAAAGCUUUAAAAACAGAACUGGCGUCUGCAACGUCGCAAGGCGAAGAGUUGCUGACGCAAGUACGGAAACCAAACCUUACUUAUAAUAUUAUCAGCCAUGUUGCUGCAGUUGAAAGAUUACUGGUGCAACUGGAUGAGACUGAGAAACAAUUCGACAACUUCUGGCAAAAACAUUCCACGAAGCUAAACCAUUGGCUUAAAUUCAGAACAUUUUUAUUGAACUUUAAACAAAUGCAGGCUACUUUAGACAACCAUCUAAAAGCAGCAUGCGACAUGACGGAGGUGGGCGAGACAGCAAACAGGGUAGACAGCCUUCUACAAGAGGCUGGCGACUUUGAAAAACUAUGUAACUGUGAUCUCGAUACUGCAACCUCAGUCAUUGACGACGGAGAGCAAUUGAUGCAAGACCCGUUAAGUCAAGUCGACCACAUAGAAUCAAAAUGCGAAGAACUGAGACGAACGAGCGCUUUGCUUUUGGAAAAGAUUCAAAAACGAAACUUACUACUAACUAAAGCUAGAGAACUAAUGGACAGGAUAGAUAAGGCAAACGAAUGGUGCACAACAGGUGUAGAAAUCUUAGCCGGCGAAGGAGGAUUAAUAGCAGUGGACAAAUUAUUGGAAGACGCUGCCAGUUUCGGAUUGACUGCUCCUGACCAGUUCCGGGACAUGCUGAUGCAGUCUGCCACGCAGGAGACCAGGGCUUUAGUCACCCAGGUGGCACAAAGAGUAGAAGAUGUGUGGCUGAUGGUAUCCGUCAAGCGAGCUACUCUUCAAAGGGCAGCAGCGAAGCCGGCGCGGCCUGUACAGUCAGUACCACCGCAGAGUGCAGUCAUACCAGCGACCAACCAUCAGAUGGAGACGUCCGGAGGGUCAGAGAGUUCCGGUGGAGAGGAUGCGGAUGCGCGGCAAGCACGUCGAGGUCACGUGCUGGCUGAGCUGCUGCAAACUGAAAGAGUCUACGUCCAGGAACUCGGCUCCAUACUCACUGGAUAUAAAGACGAAAUCGAAAAACCAGAAAAUCAGCAUUUAUUGCCUGCAGCACUAGUUGGACAAGCUGAUGUAUUGUUUGGAAACCUACACGAACUGUUCACAUUCCACCAAGAUAUCUUCCUAAAGGAUUUAGAAAAGUCUAUAUCGGCUACAGAGUUUGUUGCCUUAUGUUUUGUUGAAAAGAGGGACACAUUCUUCCGACUAUACAGCUACUACUGCCAGAACAUCCCUCGGUCUGAGCGCUUGCGGGAGACAUUAGUAGACACGCAUCUGUUCCUGCAGGCGUGUCAGCUGCGCCUCGGACACAAACUACCACUUGCCGCCUACCUUCUCAAACCCGUGCAGAGGAUCACCAAGUACCAGUUGCUACUUAAGGACUUACUUCGAUACAGUGAGUGUGGAUCAAUGACGACUGGGCUCCAAUCAGCAUUGGACUGUAUGCUGGUGGUGCUCAAAUGCGUCAACGAUUCCAUGCAUCAAAUAGCCAUCACCGGCGUCCCUCUGGACUUAAGUCAGCAAGGAGAGUUGCUGAUGCAGGGAUCAUUCCUAGUUGUAUCGGAGAACAAACGCGACCUUCGGCUGCGGAUACGUCCGCGACGACGACACAUCUUCCUCUAUGAAAAGGCUAUGCUCUUCUGCAAGCCUGCCACUAAGAAUAGCCACAAUAAGGCCACGUACCACUUCAAACAUGAUUUACAGAUGUCCCAGAUCGGUCUGACGGAGUCAGUGAAGGGCGACGUGCGCAAGUUCGAGGUGUGGCGCCAGGGCCGCGCCGAGGUGCACACGCUGACGGCCAGCAGCGCCGACGUCAAGCGCGCCUGGGUCGAGCGCAUCAAGCGCGUGCUGCUCGACCAGCUGCACGAGCUCAAGGGGGAGCGCGUGCGGCAGUACAGCGCGCAGCACAGAACACUAAUCCAAACGAGCUCAUGGGACCUGGGUCCCCCCAGUACCCAGCCAGCGAAGCCGAGCGCAGUGGUACCGAGCGCGACGCGCACCGCGUCGUGCGACACACACGACGAGCCGUGCUGGUCCACCGACCCGUCCGACGAGGACGAUGACGAGCCUGAACACCCGCCGGCGGUGGGGUGCGCGCUGGUGGCGCUGUCGGACUACACGGCCGUGGGGCCCAGCGAGGUCUCGCUGCGGGAGGGCCAGCACGCCGAGCUGCUCAAGGUGGGCUGCGCCGGCUGGUGGUACGUGCGGCUCGCCGGUGGUCAAGGUGAGGGCUGGGCGCCGGCGGCAUACCUGGACCAGCGCAAGACGUCCCGGUCGUCGAGUCGCUCGCACGACCGGCUGCACGACCACUGA